AUGUCCGCUGUCCCGGGCAUCGUUGAGGACCACAACCGGACCAGUAAUAGCGACAACAACAACAACGAAUUCCAAGAACCAGUCCACCAUGCCCCCAUAACCAGCUCAAAUUCCACCGCAGAAUCAACCCUAGCCAGCCCGUCCCAACUCAGCAUCGACGAUGGCCGAUGGGGCGAACAAACCGAAGGAGACCCGGUCUCCCGUCAUGGCGCAAUGGAAGAUUUCGAAGAAAUGCGCCGGGAAUUGAGUCGUUUGAGUCUUCAGAGAACGAAAUCCCAGGCUUCCCGUCGCUCACAUCAUGCUGCUAGUCGAUGGCGUUCGGCGAUUUCGACAAAAAGUAAGACUAAGGAUGUCGAAAAGGAUGAUGAAAUCGAGUCAACUACUGAACAUGAGCAUGACGACUUUGAUCUCGGCGAGUUCCUGAUGGGCGGGACCCUGGAACCGAGAACUACAGCAGGCGAACCGGCUAAAAAGGUAGGCGUGAUUUACAAAAACCUGACCGUCAAGGGUGUGCAAGCUUCCGCAUCCUUUGUGAAAACCCUCCCUGAAGCUAUAAUUGGUACCUUUGGACCAGAUUUGUAUCAUAUUGUGCAGCAUUUCUUUCCGAAGCUUCGAUUUGGGAAGCCGCCUGCUACCCGAACCCUCAUUAAUGAUUUCACUGGUGUCGUUCGUGAUGGUGAGAUGUUGCUCGUGCUGGGCCGACCGGGUGCUGGCUGUUCAACAUUUCUGAAAACAAUCGCCAAUGACCGCUCAUCAUACGCCGCUGUUCUAGGCGACGUGAGCUAUGGGGGUAUAUCAGCGGAGGAACAGCAUAAACAUUUCCGUGGAGAAGUCAACUAUAAUCCCGAGGAUGAUCAACAUUUUGCGACUCUUACAGUCUGGCAGACGUUGAAAUUCCCGCUCAUAACCAAAACCAAAAAGGGUGAUCGGGGCAGUGUACCUAUUAUUCUAGAUGCACUGCUGAAGAUGUUUGGCAUCAGUCAUACCAGAAACACCCAGGUUGGUAAUGAGUACGUCCGAGGUGUCUCCGGAGGUGAACGGAAACGUGUCAGUAUCGCAGAAACCCUCGCGUCAAAGUCUACAGUGGCAUGCUGGGACAAUUCAACUAGAGGGUUGGAUGCAAGUACUGCCUUGGAUUAUGCCAAAUCUCUGCGUAUCAUGACCGAUAUAAGCAGACGAACCACCUUCGUCACUCUGUACCAAGCCGGCGAAGGUAUCUAUGAGUUGAUGGAUAAGGUGCUCGUCAUUGACGAAGGAAGGAUGUUAUUCCAAGGUCCAGCCAAAGAGGCCAAACAAUACUUUGUCAAUUUGGGAUUUUACUGUCCACCACAAUCGACCACAGCCGACUUUCUUACUUCUCUUUGUGACCCUAACGCUCGUCAAUUCCAGCCUGGUAAAGAGGCUUCAACCCCUAAAACAGCUGAAGAUUUGGAAGCCAUCUUCAGACAGAGUGAUGUCUACAAACGCAUUCUUGACGAUGUCGCUUUGUAUGAACGCCAAUUAGCCGAAAGUCAAUGCGAAGACACCAAGCGAUUCCAAGCAACCGUCGGAGCAUCAAAGAGCAAAACCGUCUCGAAAAAAUCGUCUUACACCGUCUCGUUUCCGAAACAGGUAGCCGCCUGUGUCAAGCGCGAGGUAUGGCUUUUGCUCGGUGACAAGACAUCUCUCUACACGAAAUUCUUCAUUGCCAUCGCCAACGCCUUGAUUGUCAGCUCUUUGUUCUACGGUGAAUCCCUCAACUCCAGCGGCGCCUUCCCCAGAGGUGGUGUUCUGUUCUUUUCUGUUCUGUUUCUUGGAUGGCUGCAAAUGACUGAAUUGAUGCCUGCUGUCUCUGGUCGUACUAUGAUUCAACGGCACAGAGAUUACGCGUUUUACCGUCCUUCGGCAGUUUCCAUCGCUCGUGUCGUCGUUGACUUUCCAUUCCUCGCUUGCUUGGUUUCCAUGUUCGGUAUCAUCACUUACUUCCUGUCUGAGUUGGACGUGGAUGCAGGUAAAUUCUUCAUUUACUUGUUAUUCGUGUACACGACAACCAUCUGCAUUACAUCCAUGUUCCGCAUGUUCGCCGCUCUGUCGCCCACAAUCGACGACGCAGUUCGUUUCGGCGGCAUAGCGUUGAAUCUGUUGGUUAUCUUUGUCGGCUAUGCGAUCCCCAAAAGUACUCUGCUCCACGGCUCGAUCUGGUUCGGCUGGUUAUUCUAUGUCAACCCCAUCUCGUACGCUUACGAGGCGGUUCUGACGAAUGAGUUUGCGAAUCGAGAAAUGGAUUGUGAUCCUUCAAUGCUUGUGCCGCAAGGUCCAGGGGUUGUGGCUGGUCAUCAGAGCUGCGCUCUUACAGGAUCUUCUGUUGAUCAGACUCGGGUCUCGGGAGCCGCGUAUUUGGAAACGUCCUUUGGAUUCACGCGACAUCACUUGUGGAGGAACUUUGGUGUUCUCAUUGCUUUCACCGUUCUCUACAUUCUUGUCACGGUUAUUGCGAACGAGAUGAUGACGUUUACGGGCGGAGGAGGUGGUGCUCUUGUCUUUAAGAAAUCGCGACGAUCGAAGAAACUAGCCCAAGCCGAGAAGAAAAGUGCCGACGAAGAAGAUGGUGCAGUAACCUCACAGCCUGUGCAGGCCAAUGCAGCUUCCGAUGACAAGGUUAUGAACUCGUUGAGUACUAGUGAUCGUAUUUUCACCUGGUCCAACCUUGAAUACACCGUCCCCUACGGCAACGGCGAGAGAAAACUCCUCAACGGCGUGAGCGGAUACGCAAAGCCGGGGGUUAUGAUUGCCUUGAUGGGUGCAUCAGGUGCCGGAAAGACGACUUUACUUAACACUCUUGCGCAACGACAAAAGAUGGGCGUAGUCACUGGUAACAUGUUGGUCGAUGGGCGUCCUCUAGGUGCCGAUUUCCAACGUGGAACGGGCUUCUGUGAGCAAAUGGAUCUACACGAUGGAACCGCCACGAUUCGUGAAGCCUUGGAAUUCUCAGCUAUUCUCCGUCAAGAUCGUGAGAUCCCUCGUCAUGAGAAGAUUGAAUAUGUCAAUCGGAUCAUCGACCUGCUCGAACUGGAGGAUAUCCAAGACGCACUCAUCAUGUCACUCGGAGUCGAGCAAAAGAAGCGAGUUACCAUCGGCGUCGAACUAGCAGCCAAACCCAGUCUGCUUCUGUUCCUGGAUGAACCGACCAGCGGUCUCGACAGCCAGGCCGCGUUCUCUAUUGUUCGGUUUCUGAGAAAACUCGCCCACGCUGGUCAGGCUAUCGUCUGCACAAUCCAUCAACCCUCAUCCAUGCUCAUCCAACAAUUCGACAUGAUACUUGCCCUCAACCCAGGUGGAAACACCUUCUACUUCGGGCCUGUAGGCCCCGAUGGCCGCGACGUAGUCGAAUACUUUGCAGACCGCGGCGUUGUAUGCCCUCCCUCCAAGAACGUGGCCGAAUUUAUCCUCGAAACAGCAGCAAAACCCGUGAUUCGAAACGGUAAACGAAUAGACUGGAACGAAGAAUGGCGCAACUCGACGCAAAACCAGAGACUACUAGAAGAUAUUGACAAAAUCGUCAAAGAGCGUAGUCAAAUUCCCGCUUCAGAAGAUGCAGCAAAUAAUCCAACUGAAUUCGCAGCCCCUGUCACAACACAGAUUGAAAUGCUGACGAAACGAGUUUUUCUGCAAUACUGGCGCGACCCUUCGUAUUACUACGGCAAGAUCUUCGUCAGCGUUAUACUGGGUAUAUUCAAUGGAUUCACAUUCUGGAAACUCAACAAUACCCUUUCAGCUCUUCAGGAUCGCAUGUUCUCGACAUUCUUGAUUAUUCUCAUCCCACCCAUCGUCAUGAACAGUAUCGUCCCUAAAUUCUACAUGAAUCGGUCACUCUGGGAAUCGCGCGAAUACCCGAGUCGAAUUUACGGCUGGGUGGCGUUUUGUACUGCCAACGUCGUCGCAGAAAUCCCCAUUGCCAUCGUCACGUCUGUCAUUUAUUUCGUGCUUUGGUAUUUCCCCGUCGGUCUACCGUCCGACUCGAGUUCGGCGGGAUACGUGUUCCUGAUGACGAUGCUAUUCUUCUUCUUCCAGGCGAGUUGGGGACAAUGGAUUUGCGCUUUUGCGCCUUCGUUUACGGUUAUAUCGAACGUUCUCCCCUUCUUCUUCGUAAUGUGUAACCUCUUCAAUGGCGUUAUCCGUCCCUACGCCUCAUACCCCGUCUUCUGGAAAUAUUGGCUCUACUACGUUAACCCGAUCACAUGGUGGAUUCGAGGUACUUUGUCGGCUGUCUUGCCGGCUGUGAACGUCGAUUGCGCACCUCAAGAAGUCACCUACUUCACUCCCCCAGAUGGUCAAUCAUGUCAAUCCUACGCCGGGAAUUUCGUAUCCCGCAUCGCUGGAAAGGGGUAUUUACUCCCUGACUCGGGGUCUGGUGAGUGUGGAUAUUGCGCCUAUGCCACUGGGACAGAGUAUAUGCAUACGCUCAACGUCCACGAUGACGACAAAUGGCAUUGCUUCGGCAUAUUUUUGGCUUAUGUGAUUAUCAAUUGGGUUUUGGUUUAUUUCUUUAUUUAUACGGUUCGAAUCAGAGGGUGGUCGUUUGGGAUGAGUUGGUUGUUUGGAGGUAUUGGGGCUGUGGUUGGGGGAGUGAAGAAGUUGAUGAGACGGAAGUAGUAGACUUGCAUUUUUCGUACGGAUUCAGCGCGCAUAUAGAUUUGUCUUUCGUUUUGUUUCUUUGUGUCAAUUUGUCAAGAAUCAUCAUGUCCAUACAGAGCAAGGACUACAAGUACAUAUAUUAAAAGUAAUAUAAUCAUUUGUCAAUACGUC